UGGCAAGUACGGGAGGUGAUGAUCCCACAUAAUCGCGCUUUUUCAUGUGUGUCAAGUUAAAUAAACAAUACUAUAUUACAGAAUCUUUCAAAACAAAUUCACUUUCUACUUUACGUAUUACUGUCAAUUAACUGUUCACUAUUCCAUUCUCCCAGCCGAUCAAAACUGUUCUAAUCCUUAGUGGACGUUUCCUAACCUAACAUAUUAUAUUGUUCUGAACAACUAUUGAGAAAUGAAGCCCAAAAAGUCGAAUCUCGACGGUGAUUGAAACUUUUGCCUAGGCAAACUGUGAAUUUAACGUUUAAGUAAAGCUUAUGGUUGCGAAAUAUGAUCCAUUGGGAAGGAAUCAUAUAAAAAUGAAAAUUUCUUAGCUUUUAUGAGUCACCCUAUCAUUAUUCUCACCAUUAUGUCGGGCAAAGGCAAGCAGAGUUCCAAAAAAGCCAUUGUCAAGGUCAGAGAGAGUGGAAAGACUGUGCAAUCUUCCCUCGGUUCAGAUGUCGCUUCUGAAAACACAGAAACGUCCAUGUCUCUGCCCAUUUUAAAGAUUGCUGACAACAGCCGUCUCCUCCCGAGAUACACCAGUAUCUUGCAACGCAACACGGAGGAAGGCGUCGGUAUGGAGGACCUUGAUAUGUUGCAGCUAGAAUUAGAAAUGCUUCUAUCAUCGGUGGUUGUGCGACAUCGAAUGAUCCAAGAGGAAGUAGCAAAUUUAUCGUCUGCGGAGGAACGCAGGGACAGAAGAUCCAAAAGUGGCAAAGGUCUUUCGCUUCUCGACAAAAGAGUCAGAGAAGAGAAGUUCAAACCAAAGGAACUGAAUACCAAGACCCAGUCACCUCUGCCGGCCAAAUUGUUCAAGCAAAAGGCUAUAGGCGGCUCAAACUCUCAGGUCAUUCCAAAUGUGCACGAAAUUUCAAGGAUCGAAGGUUCAAAAUCCGAAUCUCCAAAGUUGCUUUUACCAAAAAAUGACACACCUAACAAGUUUUGGGCAUCCGUUGAUCCGUAUUGCACAGAUAUCAUGCCAGAUGAUAUUAAGCUAUUGGAAGAACUGAUUGCCACGCACAGUGACAUCAGCGAAUUCAAGAAGAUUCCCCCAUUGGGUCGCCAUUAUAGCUUAAUGUGGGCUCACAAUGAUUUAUUGCAAGAGGAAGACGCGGCCAACCCAAAUAGAGAAAAGAAAAAGAGUCGUUCCGACUUGUCGCUGUUGGUUGGCAAGAACGACAAGAAAGCACACAGUAUCGCGGGUCCUCUCACACAGAGAUUGGUCUCCGCUUUGCUGGAGGAAAAUGUGUACGUUGCGAAUAAUAACACGGACAACAAAUUGUUCAGAGACAGUGAUCCUCCUGUUUUAAGAGAUCUCACUAUACAGAACUCUAUCAACUUAGAAUUAAGGAUGCACAAGGAGCUAGUAGAGCAGGGAAUCUUGGAAUCAGAUGCGCAAAAGAAGAAUCAAGAGGACGAUGAAAUUUUAACAGAGAUUAAAAGAUGCCAGCAAGAACUCACAGCGCUUUCCAAUCACAAUGUAACGCAAUUGAAGAGGCUAUUAAACUUGGCGCAGGAAGAAAGUAAACGGCAAGCUUUGAAGAGAAAAAUUAGUGCUGCGGAUAAUGAAGUGAUAGAACAUUACAAGAAACUUAUACUUUCCAAACAGAGAAAGGUUCCACUGACGAAGAAGGAACAGGAGAAAGCGUGGGCCUGUUUAAGGGAAAGGGAGAAUCUAUUGGACCAGCUGAAUAUGUUACCCCAUGAUAGCGUAGGAGAAUCAAUAGGCUUCGGCACUACUAUGAAUUAAGUUUUUUACUGUAUAAUAUGAUAAUACUAUGUAUAAAAGUUUAAUAAUAUUGAUUCAAGUUUAAA